AUUGAACUCGAGUUGGAAGAGGCGAGUCCGGUCUCAAAAUGGAGGUAAAACCGCCGCCCGGUCGCCCCCAGCCCGACUCCGGCCGUCGCCGCCGCCGCCGGGGGGAGGAGGGCCAUGAUCCAAAGGAACCCGAGCAGUUGAGAAAACUGUUUAUUGGUGGUUUGAGCUUUGAAACUACGGAUGAUAGUUUAAGAGAACAUUUUGAAAAAUGGGGCACACUUACAGAUUGUGUGGUAAUGAGAGACCCCCAAACAAAACGUUCCAGGGGUUUUGGUUUUGUGACUUACUCUUGUGUUGAAGAGGUGGAUGCAGCAAUGUGUGCCCGACCACACAAGGUUGAUGGGCGUGUAGUGGAACCAAAGAGAGCUGUUUCUAGAGAGGAUUCUGUAAAGCCUGGUGCCCAUCUAACAGUGAAGAAAAUUUUUGUUGGUGGUAUUAAAGAAGAUACAGAAGAAUAUAAUUUGAGAGACUACUUUGAAAAGUAUGGCAAAAUUGAAACCAUAGAAGUUAUGGAAGACCGGCAGAGUGGAAAAAAGAGAGGAUUUGCUUUUGUAACUUUCGAUGAUCAUGAUACAGUUGAUAAAAUUGUUGUUCAGAAAUACCACACUAUUAAUGGGCAUAAUUGUGAAGUGAAAAAGGCCCUUUCUAAACAAGAGAUGCAGUCUGCUGGAUCGCAAAGAGGUCGUGGAGGUGGAUCUGGCAACUUCAUGGGUCGUGGAGGAAACUUUGGAGGUGGUGGUAAUUUUGGCCGUGGUGGAAACUUUGGGGGAAGAGGAGGCUAUGGUGGUGGAGGUGGUGGCAGCAGAGGUAGUUAUGGAGGAGGUGAUGGUGGAUAUAAUGGAUUUGGAGGUGAUGGUGGCAACUAUGGUGGUGGUCCUGGUUAUAGUAGUAGAGGAGGCUAUGGUGGUGGUGGACCAGGAUAUGGAAACCAAGGAGGCGGAUAUGGUGGUGGUGGUGGAGGAUACGAUGGUUACAAUGAAGGAGGAAAUUUUGGAGGUGGUAACUAUGGUGGUGGUGGGAACUAUAAUGAUUUUGGAAAUUAUAGUGGACAACAGCAAUCAAAUUAUGGACCCAUGAAAGGGGGCAGUUUUGGUGGAAGAAGCUCGGGCAGUCCCUAUGGUGGUGGUUAUGGAUCUGGUGGUGGAAGUGGUGGAUAUGGUAGCAGAAGGUUCUAAAAAAAUUUCAGAAGAAAAGGGCUACAGUUCUUAGCAGGAGAGAGAGCGAGGAGUUGUCAGGAAAGCUGCAGGUUACUUUGAGACAGUCGUCCCAAAUGCAUUAGAGGAACUGUAAAAAUCUGCCACAGGAGGAACGAUGAUCCAUAGUCAGAAAAGUUACUGCAGCUUAAACAGGAAACCCUUCUUGUUCAGGACUGUCAUAGCCACAGUUUGCAAAAAGUGCAGCUAUUGAUUAAUGCAAUGUAGUGUCAAUUAGAUGUACAUUCCUGAGGUCUUUUAUCUGUUGUAGCUUUGUCUUUUUCUUUUUCUUUUCAUUACAUCAGGUAUAUUGCCCUGUAAAUUGUGGUAGUGGUACCAGGAAUAAAAAAUUAAGGAAUUUUUAACUUUUCAA